CUAACAGCCGCUCUGUAGGAGAAAAAGGGAGCUCUCUGCUCUCUUAAAGACGUAUAGCCUCAGGCACUCUCACUCUGCCCUAUGAAAUACUACCCACCUGACUUCGACCCCUCGAAGAUCCCCAAGCUUAAGCUACCCAAGGACCGGCAGUAUGUGGUGCGGCUGAUGGCCCCCUUCAACAUGAGGUGUAAGACGUGCGGAGAGUACAUAUACAAGGGCAAGAAGUUCAACGCGCGCAAAGAGACGGUGCAGAACGAGGUCUACCUGGGCCUACCCAUCUUCCGCUUCUACAUCAAAUGCACACGCUGCCUGGCAGAGAUCACCUUCAAGACGGACCCCGAGAACACCGACUACACCAUGGAGCAUGGAGCCACGCGGAACUUCCAGGCCGAGAAGCUGCUGGAGGAGGAGGAGAAGAGGGUGCAGAAGGAGCGCGAGGAUGAGGAGCUCAACAACCCCAUGAAGGGACCUCGUGAAUACAAGGAGAUCCUGGAAGAAAAGGCCCUGCUGGAGGAAGCAAGGACACGGCGCCUGUUGGAGGACUCAGACUCGGAGGACGAGGCUGCCCCCGCCCCGCCCCGGCCCACUGCCCGGCCCCGACCCACCACCAUCCUGUACGAGCCCCCGAAGGCCAAGAGGAGGGUGGAGAGCUGGGAGCGGAGCGUGGGCAGCCUGGGCAGCACGACUCAGCUGGCGGACCUGGUGGUGGUGAGGAAGACUGUGAACAGCAGCAGCCAACAGGGCCUGAGGGGGCCCGUUCCCGGUGAGCCCCUCCCACCGCCUGGCCACACACUGGGGAGCUGAGCACCGCUGCUGAGCCCACCAGCCCCCCUCACUGGAAGAAAAGUGGUAACGUGCCCCUGUACAGAUUCUGGGAGACCCCCUGGACCGCUCAGGGGAGGAGGGGUGGAGCUUGUUUUGCAUCUUGUCUUUUUGUUUAUUUAUUUUAAGUGACUAAUACUUAAAAACCACCUAGCCAGUCAUGCUCUCCCCUA